AUGGGCUCAUUACAGAACGGAGAUGGUCAGUACCAGGGCCUCGGCCAGGACUUCACCAAGCAGGUCAUCGCGUCCAUGGGAUCCGAGACGAACCCCAGACUUCGCGAGAUUCUGUCCUCAUUCAUCCAGCACAUCCACGACUUUGCCCGCGAGGUCGAUCUCACCACGGAUGAGUGGAUGAUGGGUGUAAACAUGAUUAACUGGGCGGGCCAAAUGUCAAAUGACCGACGUAACGAAGGCCAGCUGCUUUGCGAUGUUAUCGGAUUGGAGUCACUCGUCGACGAUAUCACCAACAGAGUGGCCACAAAGAACGGCGGUGAGCCAGGCACAGCAACAGCCAUCCUCGGCCCCUUCUGGCGGGCUGACACCCCCGUCCGCCCCAACGGGAGCACAAUCGCUGUCAAGUGCCCCGAGGACGGCGAACUCGCCUUCAUGUACGGCCAAGUAACGUGCUCCAACACUGGAAAGCCGUUGGCAAACGCUUCAGUCGACGUCUGGCAAGCAUCCACAAACGGUCUGUACGAGCAGCAAGAUGCCGAUCAGCCGGAACACAACCUCCGCGGAGUCUUCAAGACGGAUGCAGAGGGACGUUAUGGAUUUUACUGCCUGCGACCAACACCUUACCCUGUACCGGGUGACGGCCCCGCUGGAAAGCUUCUAGAUUUGCUUCACCGCCACCACUUCCGACCUGCUCACAUUCAUCUCAUUGUCAAGUCAGAAGGCUUCAAGUCGGUGACAACACAGAUUUUUGACGAAGACUCAAAGUACUUGGAUGAUGACUCCGUGUUUGCGGUGAAGGACGGUCUUACUGUAAAGUUCAUCGAGAGGAAAGGAGAUCCCAAGGCUGCCAAGGAGCUCGAGUACAACAUCAAGUUGGCUGCUGAGUAA